AUGACAGAAAGAGAUUAUACUACAUUUGAGACUAUAGAUUUGACUAGUGAGGAAGUAUUACAAUGUUCAUAUUCUAACUGGUCAAAAUUAUUUUCUAAUAAUAUAUUCCCAUCUAAAAUCAUCAAGCCAUUGCCUUCCACAUUCUUAGAUUAUUUGGCUAGUGAAAGUAUUCGUUUGCCUUCAAAUACCAGUAACAAGAAAAUAACUGUAUUGGAAGCAGAUAGUGAUAAUGAAUACAGUGACUGGGAUGAUGAUGAUGAUGAUGAUGAUGAUGAGGGACAACAACAACAACAACAACAAGAAGAUGUAUUUAGUCAGUUCCAAGAUAUACAAGAUAAAAUUGAUGAGUCAAUUCAAGAAAUAGGAGGAGCUGUUUUCCCUAAACUAAAUUGGUCGAGUCCUAAAGAUGCAAAAUGGAUUAUGCCAGGAAAUACAAUUAAAUGUCAAAAUGUUAGUGAUGUAUAUUUAUUAUUAAAUUCUUCAGAUCAUAUUGGUGAUGAUUUAGAUAAUCCAUUUCUGGAAGUGAAAAAUAAAAAGACAAUUCCUGAAGAAAUUAAUUAUGAAUUAGUUUUAACAAAAUGGCAAGAUAUAAAUCCUGCUUAUGAAUUUAGAGUAUUUAUUAAACAUCAUCAAAUUAUUGGUAUAUCACAAAGAGAUAAUAAUAAAUAUGAAUUUUUACAAGGAUUAAAAUUGGAAUUGAAUGAAAAGAUUACACAAUUCAUUGAUAAUGUAGUGAUACCUAAAUUAAAAUCUAAUACCCAAUUAAAUAAAUAUAUUGUUGAUAUAUAUGUAUCCAAGAAUCACAUUUAUAUAAUAGAUAUUAAUCCAUUCUCAAGAAAAUCUGAUUCUGGUUUAUUCACAUGGGUAGAAUUAUUAUCAGAAAACAACAACAAUCAUCAUCAUCAUCAUCAUCAUGAAUUGAGAUUAGUGGAGAAUCAAAACUUUGUUAAAGAAUUUAGUGAAUCUCAAGUACCAAUUGAAGUUGUUGGGGCAACAAUGGAUACUGAAGCUAUGGUUGAAUUAGCUAGAGAAUGGGAUAAAUUACAAGCCAAAGAAAAAUAA